AUGUCCCAAUCCCAAAUCCCCAGCUCCAUAUCCCAUUCCCAAAUCCCCAAUCCCCCUGCUCCAUCCCAGCUGUUUCUCCCUGGCCUUUUUCCAGGUGGGGACGUGACCGCCAAGAACAUCUGGCUGGCAGAGAACGUUCUGGAGAUCCUGACAGAGCAGAGGGAGUGGGUGCUGAAGAGCAGCCUGCUGGUGGCCAUGGCCGUGUACACCUACCUGAGGCUGAUCGUGGACCACCACGGCACGGCCGCGCUGCAGGCGCUGCGCCAGAAGGAGGUGGAGUUCUGUGUGUGCCUGCUGAGGGAGAGGUUCAUGGACUGUUUCAUGAUCGGCCGGGACCUGGUGCGCCUGCUGCAGAACGUGGCUCGGAUCCCCGAGUUCGAGCAGCUCUGGAAGGACAUCCUGCACAACCCGCAGGUGCUCAGCCCCCAGUUCACAGGUGUGCUCCAGCUGCUGCAGUCCAGGACCUCCCGCAAGUUCCUGGCGUGUCGCCUGACCCCCGACAUGGAGACCAAGCUGCUCUUCAUGACCUCCAGGGUGCGGUUUGGGCAGCAGAAGCGCUACCAGGACUGGUUCCAGCGGCAGUACCUGUCCACCCCUGACAGCCAGUCCCUGUCCCCAGCCCUGUCCCUAGCUGUGCCCAUGUCCCCAGCCCUGUCCCAUGUCCCUGUCCCAUCCCUGUCCCUGUCCCCAGCCGUGCGGUUUGGGCAGCAGAAGAAGCGUUACCAGGACUGGUUCCAGCGGCAGUAA